GCUGGGUUGCCCACUUUGCUGCAGCAUUCUCUGCAUUGCUGUUUCUUAAGCUCUACCUGAUCCAGUUAAAGUGUUGACGGCAAGAGAUUAGGGACAUGGGUUUAAAGAGGACUUCCUUCCCUUCAAACAGCUACAGAUCAAGCCCUCUCCAAAUGCCACAAUCAUUUGAAGUUGAGAAGAAAAAAAAAAGCUUCAGACAGAAAAGCAGGAAUGUGAAUGUUAUAAUAAACACGAGCAAUAAUUCCCGCACUAACAGAGUGUGCAGGUUCUUGGGGCUUCCUACAGAUAUGUAAUGUAAAAGCAAUUAAACCCAUGUUAACGCCUGCAUGUAUUUCUCUGGACUUUGCUGCUGUUGACUUUCUGUGCCCGUAAUAACCCACACCCCACCCUCCACCCUCCACCAGCCUCCCUCCGCACUCAGUGAUUACACAUUUAUUUCUCCUGGUCCUAGUCUGCAGUUACUCCCAUCGUGACCGGGGAGUACAGUCACCACCGGGACAGAGCGGCGAUGGCAUCCCGGAUCUCCUUCAGUCAGGCCCGGCUGGAAGCGGAGCUGGAGCGCUACCGGGCCGAGUGCCAGUGGGACAAGAUGCCGGCGAUAGUUGAGCAGAUGCAGGCUGCGCGGAUCCACGAAGACGAUGAUUACGGGAUGCUGCUGAUGGCCGAGGCGCUGCUGGAGGAGUGCCUGCUGGAAAACAUGGAUCUGCUACGCAGGUCCAAACCUUUGGUGGACAAAACCCAGCCCAAACUGUGCAAGGCCAAAGGACACCUCAACACCAUCCUUAGCCGAGGCCGUCUAACACCCAGGUACUUGAACGAGGCUCUGCUGCUGAUGGCCAAAGUGCACUAUGUGCAGGGACGCUACCGGGACGCCCAGGGAAUGUGUGCCAGGGUGGGGCUGGAGGAGCUGACGCAGGAUGACCAGCCGACCUACCACCUCCGCCUGCUGGCUGAGGCGUUCGUGAUUAAAGGUCUGUCUCUGGAUCACCAGACGCUGUCUGCUGUGUCCCGUGUUCGUCUUUCUGAGAGAGAGGAGGAGUCCCUGUCCUGUUACCUCAGGGCCUGUGACGCAGCUCUGUCCUACCUGCAGGAGCUCGAUAAGGUUGUAACAACGCCCCACAUCAAGUCAGCCAAAACCAUUUUACUUCAUUCACCCAGUGAUAUUGAACUGGGCUACUUCCUGCAGGCUGCAUUACAGAGUGCUUACCUUUGUCUGCUGCAUAGGGGUCAUCUUGCACAGGGUGCUCACCAGCUGCGUAGAGUGCUGAGGGUGGUGGAGUCACGAGGGUCCCAGAAUUUCAGAAAGUCUGCAGCGAGAAAACUAGCAGAAGUGUUGCUGAGCUCUGUGAGCGAGGACAGCUACUGGCCCCCGCUGGGCCCCCCACCCUCAGCCUGGCUUCACAGAGAAGGAGCCGCCGCCUCCAAAGACGCCAUCUACCCCACUGUUAAACCACCACAACGCUACAGCACAGAAUGUUGCUUCUGUCCUCAGGACGUGGUGGAGGAGGCCAUUUUGCUGCUACUCAUCACAGAAUCCAUGGCCAGCGGUGACGCGGUGAUCAGUCGUCUGCCGGAUCAGGCUGAGGCUCGCCAGACCAGCCUGCAGGACGCCACCUCAGUCUAUGACCUGCUCACCAUCGGCAUGGUCAGGAGGGGGCAGUACGCCAUGCUCUCUGAGUGUCUGGAACGAGCCAUGAAGUUUUCAUUCAACGAGUUUCACCUGUGGCACCAGCUGGGCCUGUCACUCAUGGCCGCCCGGAAAGGGGUUGGUGCUGUAUCUGUAUUUAAAGAGUGUGCCAGGAUGAGACCAGAAGACCCUUCGUUGCCCCUGUUGGCUGCUAAAGUCUGCAUUGAUCAGCUGCAUUGGAUCAAGGAGGCAGAGGCUCUGUCCCAGAGUGUGGUGUCUAUGGGGGAGGAAGCAGGAGAAUUUCUGCCUAAAGCCUACCUGGCUCUGGGACUCUGCUGCAGUCUGCAGGCCUCUGAUGCUUCUCUGACCACAGACCGAAACGACUUCAACAAAAAGGCACUAAAUGCUUUGAAAAAAGCUCAUUCACUGGACCCUCAGGAUGCGCAGAUUGCCAUGUACCUGGCUCUGCAACUGGCCAUCGUACGCCAGGUAUCAGCAGCUAUGGAGCCCCUUCAGGCAGCUUUAUCUCUCUGUGGGGAUGACUUACACUCCCUCCACCUGCUCACCCUGCUGCUCAGUGCCCAGAAACACCACCGUCAUGCUCUGGACACCCUUAAUCUGGCCCUCGGCCAGCACCCUGACAACUUCAAUUUGCUGUUCACAAAGGUAAAGCUUGAAGAGGUGUUGCUCGGCCCGGCUACAGCCCUGCGUACCUGUGAGGAGAUGUUGCAACACUGGCAGAACCGCUAUGAUGUCAGCCGCUCCAGCGAGACAGAUGACAGCAGCAGUAUACCGAUGCCUGAGAGGACAGAGGUCAGCCCCAGCGGCAGGAAACCCUCCAUCCACCUCACCCUGCCUGACUUCCAGGACACCUCCACUGGUUCGCUGAGUCCUUCAUCAGUUGCACUAUCCCGUCUUGAAGCGGCUCUGUCCGAGGUGUCAGACCUCAGCUCUACCCGUCGCCACGGGCCCACCUACAUUUGGACCAUCCUGGAACGCAUUUGGCUGCAGGCUGGAGAGCUGUUCAUGGCAGACAGUCGGCUAAAGGAGGCUCAGUUCUGUAUAGCCGAGGCCAGCUCGCUCUUCCCCAACUCUCACUCUGUGCUGCUGCAGCGGGGCCGCCUGGCCGAGCUCCGGGGCCACCUGGACGAAGCCAAAGGCCUGUAUGACGAGGCCCUGGCCAUGCAUCCUACAGGAGAACGGAUACUGGUGCACACGGGCCGUCUGCUGGUGAAAACUGGGCGUGUCCACCUAGGCGAGAAGGUUCUGCGUGAUGCGGUUCAGAUCCACAGCACCUCCCACGAAGCGUGGAGUGGACUGGGUGAGGCUCUUCAGUCUCGGGAUUCCAACCAGGCCCCCGACUGCUUCUUGACAGCCCUGGAGUUGGAGGCCUCCAGUCCCGUCCGGCCCUUCACUGUCAUCCCCAGAGAGCUCUGAAACGAUGGCCUUGCAGUGGCCUGGAGGUUUGGGUUGGGGUGAAGAUGUUGGCUUUUUGUCAAAAUGCUAAAAUCUAAUGAUAAGCUGAAGAAAGACAAUGGAAAAAUGAGCUUUAAAUCAAUAGUUAGUUUUGGGAAAUGGGUCUGUUUUCUUACCACUGGGGAGACGAACAGACUGAUAUCACUCAUGUAUUUAUGAAAUUUGAAGACAAAUCAAGAUUAAAUAGUAUCUAGGUCCCCAACUAGUUGGUAAGUGGUUGCUGGAAGUUGCUGGUGGUCAUGAGCAUAAAAUUGGUGGCAAAGAGGUAAAUUAUGCAUGGAAAACCUCGAUUUGACUGAUUUGGUUGCUAUCAGGUUGCCACAGUCAAGUUUGUAGUUUGCAAACUUGUCUGCAAACACUUGCGGAGUGGAAGUGAAACUGAGAAGUGCAACACAAACAGGAGAUCGAGACUGCCUGAAUUCAAAGUAAAAGUUGUGUCUUUCAUGCAAAUUACAAACAACCUGGACAAUAUAAUGAUGGCAAUCAGGUUUUUGGUGCAGCAGCCUCCAGCAGCCACUUGCCAUCUGGGGCUUUGCAGGACUAUAUUAAUUAUGAACUGUGGGAAAAUUAAGACUUUUUUUCAACCAAAUGAAAAAAAAAAGUUGACCAAGUAAGUGCACUUGGUCUGGAGACUUUGUCUAAAACAAAUUCCCAGACCUCCAGCAUAACCAGUCUCAGGGAGGGUGCUAGUCUACUGCACUGAAAAAUGGUUGAAGGUCACCAGAUCCAGCAACAACUACAUGUCAUAUCCCAAAGUUUUAAACUGCGGGCUGGUUCCACAGGAGAGGAGAGGCCUGUCUAAUUUCUUGUUUGUUAAUUUUUGUGUAGUGGUCUAAUUUUAAUUGUACUAACGUGUGUUCAAAAUUGAAACUGGUCUAACCCUACAGACCAGUCUAAAAUACUUCUGUGGAACCAGCUGUUGGCAUGAAGGCCUGUUGGUGUGCCCAUCCCUGUGAGCUGCAGUGUGCUGCAGGUCACUAAAUUGAAAUCCACGUAUUUGUUGCUUAAAGAUAGAAGUUCUCAUUUUCUGAAAAAUAUUUAUUUUUAUUUAUUUUGCUGUUUUGGACUGAACUAGGCGAGCUGUCUCCCCAAGUUUAAUAUUUUUCUUCAGCUAAUGUGACUUCAGGUUUAAGGGACAGAGGUUUGAGUGGUAUUUAUUUACUCAUCUAACUACAUUUUCCAAAAUUUUAUCCAUUCCUUCAUCAAAUAUAUUUUAAAGAACAAAACGUUUAACAAAUCACUUUUACCUCAACUUGAAAAAGUAAUUAAUGUCAGCAACUUUCUUUGUCUCUUUGAUAAUUAUCAGUUUAAUUGCUCUAUCGUACCUAUGUGAACAUUGCUAGCUUCUAACACCACCAAUUGUAUUAAUGCAGUUUGUGCGGAUAAAGAAAGAGAGGGCUUUAGGUCUUUGCAGAUAAACAAAGGCUGUAUAGAAAGUUAAUAUUUUAGCAUAAGUAGCGUUCUGUUGUAAAUCUCCUAUGGAGUCUAUGGAGGGAUAUUUUUAAUGAUCAUAAUCACCGGGUUCAUAAAUUCAGAGAUGUGCUGGUUACAUCUUGACAUAAAAAGCAUGUUGUUGUGUUCUGAUACAUGUGGCAGUGCAGAUAGGUGGAUAAUGUACAUGCUGUUUAUCACAGCAGCAGCUCAGCUUCAUUAUUAUUUGGACCUUUGAUGUAUUUUUGAUGAUGGCCUUGACUGGUGUAGCUUUUUAUGCACACAUGCAAGCACAAACACUCCCGCCUGCUCAUCUUCAAGAGAACCAGCAUGAACACGUCAUUCCAUAUGGCAUCAUUAUAUGUGUGUACAUGAAGUAUUUUAAUACAUGUGUAUCUGCUCCCUCUGAAUGAUCCCUCUGGGAUGUUAGCAGUCCAUCUUCUGUUUGUAUGGUACAGUAGGCCCUCAUCCAUGCACAUAUGCAUGUGUGUGUGUGUGUGUGUUUUUUGGGGGGUGGGGGACUUGACUCAUCUGUUCAUAAUGCCGUCCAUUAUAAACAACAAUGGCUUUUAAAAAUCACUGCUGGAUUUUGUAUCUUCACCUGGCUUGUCACUUGUGACUAAUGGGCAUCACUUCCGAGUGCCUAACCACAUAAAUGUGAGCAGUGGGACUGGGCUGCUGGCUUAUGUAAUACUGCCAGCACAGUUUUCUGCCUCCAAACUCCCUCCUCCUUUCCCUCCCUCUUUCUAUUGCUCUCUCUCGCUCUCUCUCGCUCCCUCUAACCCUCUAUGUCUCUUGCCCUCUCCCAGCUUGGCUGAUGUGAUGUGAUGUGGCUUCGUUGCCUAGCAGCCAUCCCCUUGUUUGAGUAACUGGGGAAGUGGAGAGAGAUCUGGUCCUCUGAACAGCAUACAUAUACAGUGGGAAGACACAAACAGUCACUACACACACAUACACACACAUACACGACUUGUGGUUUUACAAGUUUGACAGUGUCUGUUUGAUGUCUGCUGCUACCAUGUGAGAAAUGAACCAGCUAUAAUCAAUGUCUCGGGCUGGUGUAAAUUGAUUUGUGUUAUGGGAAGAGUCCCUGGCUUUGCUUUUAGAGAAAAAAAAGCCGUCUGUUCUUCUCCCUCCCUGCAGCGUUGCAAGCACCAAUCUCUACCUUCCCUGUAUUCUUUUUUUAAAAAGAACCGCCCACGCUCCGAUCGCUCUCGGCAUGAAAAUCCCUCAUUCAUCAAUACUUCGAUUUUUGGACAUGGAGAUUAUCUAUCACUGUCGCCUCUUUUCUGCCAUCAGAAUAGUCUAUUUUUACUUUUUCUCCCUCCUCACUCACUGACUCUCCCUUGUUCCGUCCUCUCCUCAUUAGCACCGUGUGAGACACCUACACAGGGGCUUCGGGAGAUGAAUGGUCUAAUCCUCAAGGGGAAGGAGUGAAGUAUUACAUGGUGCACAAAGAUACACACAUACUCUGACAAUGAGAGACAUGCGAUGAAGUCAUUUUGAGGUACAGCACAAGUAUAUAUGCUUAAACAUGUAGUAUACACACACAUGUACACGCAUUCAUAUUUAGACUGUCACUGUGAUGCCACCCGUGCACAUCACUCUGGUGUCACUGUCAUACCUGAGCAACAAACCCUCCACACCUCAUGAUAAACAAACGUACAAUGAACUGCGGUGACCGCUUUGGGGGAGGUUUCUAUGCAAGCGUGGUAUUCAGGUCAUCAAUGUGGAUGCCAACCCGGCAGGGGCACAUGGAGGGCACGGGCUGGGUGGUGCUGCUGCUGCUGCGGGGCGCCAACAAGGAAACCGUAAACCAUCACUGUGAUGACCAAACAAGGCUGGGGAGUCAUGGAUGGGUGAGGGGUGUGAUGGAGGUUAUAAGGAUCAGAUGUGGUUUCAUAAUCUCAUUUAUUAAUAAAAUGACAGAUGCGUCGGAGUUGAUCCCCAAGGGGAAAAUGUGUUCAAGCAUUUUCAGUGUUCACGUGUUGACAUAAGAAUGUAUUCAAAAUGCUGUAAAAAUCAUUUGUAAAAUAAAAAAGUAAAAUGUUUUGAUGAUUGAGACGAUUUUUCAGUUAAAAAAACAAACAAAAAAACUCAAUAAAUGUUUGCCAGUAGUUUUACUAUGAGUUACAUUAUGGUGCUGUUAAUAGCUUCAA